CCGAAACUCACCAAUGUCUCGCAGCGUAAAGGAUUUACGAGAGUUGGUUUGUAUGUCACGCCUGUCUAUGCGCCACUCCGCCGACGACGAGGACCCAGACAGUGGGCGUGUAUCUCGCACCUCAAUCGCUCUCACUCCUGUCCCCGACGAAGGCCACCUAGACAACAUGCUCCAGUACGCAGACGCGACCAUCAUCAGUGAAUAUUUAGAACGCACGUUCGGUGUCAGCGAGUCGUUGUGCUCUUGGUGGAACACUGACACACAUUCGGUGCAGUUCACAGAGUUCUGGCUGCACGAAUUGAAGGAAGAGUCGAGAAAUGGUUUACUGCACUUGGAGUGUGGCAUCGUUAAAGAGCAGCUAUCACUUGCAUUUACGGUGGGAAAAGAGAGUGGGCGUGUCACUAGUGAGGAUAUGGAUGUUUUCUUUAAAUCCGUUCUACGCGAGUAUCCGAGGAGAUUGUGCACAGCACAGAGUGGUCAAUAUCGAUUGCUGGAUAUUUUGUAUUGUGUGUGCUCGUCAGACAGGGAUGAUUCGUAUCGGAAACUUCUUACCGACGUUAGGUGUUCGACGUCGAACCGUCAGUUUGCUCACUGGGUGCUUGCGUCCAGAGCGUUUGCCAUUGUCAGUUUGUGUGACUCGAUAGUCAGGUUCUUUUGCGAGUCGAGUCCUUCUGUUUUGGUCAGGCCAAGAACGGCAGCAGGGAGACGGACGAAAUCGCCACCAUUGGUGUCGUCUGUGAGGCCAUGUACUCCGUCUGAUGCAGCGGGAAAUCGACGAUCUUAUACAGGGAGUGGAAUUCUUUGUGAAGACGAGACGAGAACUACAUCUGUGUAUUUUGAUGACGAUUCCAAGGUUUACUGUCGACCAUCGUCAUCUUUAUCGAUUGCUUCUGGUGCUGCUACUUCGGGUCACACACAAAAGUCGGUUGUAACAGAUUUACAACGUGCAUUUCAGUGUACUCACUUGGGUUGUGUGGAAACACUGACAUAUUUGUUGAAGAGGAAACGAGUAGACGCUGCUGCCACUGAUGAACAACACAGAACUUUGCUCGUUGCUUCUGUUGUUUAUGGGCAACAACGAGUCUUGGCCUACCUACUGACACUUGCCGAUGGACCGAGCGUUAAUCAAUUGGCUUCGUCCGGCAAUAUGCCACUGCACAUAGCAGCGAGGCAGGGUAGCGUAGACAUGGUGCAGGAUCUCAUACUGGCAGGUGCACAGAUCGACUGUUGGAAUUCGGAAGCAGACGGAGCCACUCCACUUCACUUUGCUGUCAUGCAUGAUCACGUGGACGUUGUUCAGUGUCUUAUCAGCUCUGGUGCCAAUCCGUCGGUACGGAUGGGCGUUCCUGCCACCACAACUCCGCUGUCAUUAGCACGAGAACUCGGUCGCUUGCAAAUAUGUGAUAUUCUAGAGAAUGUGACUGAAAACGAGAAAUGACUGAUUGUACGCUUUCGUGUUGAAUUGUGUUCUGGCCAAAAUUGUGGCAUUCUGAAGGACAUCACAAGUGUCCUCGUCAGUAUGGCUCUGUGCUGAGAUCAGAAGUCAGUCAAUUGAGUUAUCAAAGUUACUUGUCUGGACUGAUUUGCAAUCAUUGACGACUCGUUUGGUUCGAUUAGGUAAGUUAGAGUAGUAAAUGUGACAAUGAAACGUUGGUAGUUAGUAAUACUAGCUUUUGUGUGUAACACUUGUUUUACGUCAUUGGUAUCAAUUGAAUGUAAUAUUUCUACAUUAUAACAGGGUUUUGCUAGAAUAGCUUUUGCCAUCAAAUUUUAUUGUUGGGAAGGUGUUUGGAUGGUUGAAUGUCAUCCAACCGUCAUGUUUUGUACACUCAGUGCUGACAUGAAAA